AAGACUGAUUAUUAAGCUGAUAACUAUAUUGGAGAUCGUUUUGAGGGCGGUAACUCAAACGUUGUUUGUACUUCUAAUUACACGUAUGUCUUUGUAAGGUUAUCGCGUCAAUUCUGUUCCUAAUCUGGAUACAAAAACGUCAUCACCCACUUCCAUGAAGCCUUGGUCUAAUUAGUUCUUAAAUGUUUUCCAUUCUUUAGGCUGUGGGAUUUCGUAUGAAAAAUUUCCAAUAUCAGUUGUAGACAUUACAUAAUACUUCGACACGCCUCUUGAUAUAAAGUGAUUUUAAACUGUAUAAACAUGCCUGGGAAUGACUUGUCUGAUAUGUUCAACAGCAUCCCUCCUGUCACCCGUUAUUGGUUCUCGGGAACAAUAUUGUUUUCACUUCUCGGUAAAUUUAAUAUUAUUGAUCCCAUGCGUAUGAUUUUGUUGUGGAACAGAAUGUAUUCCCACUUCGAGAUAUGGAGGCCAAUCACAGCUUUGUUGUUCUAUCCAGUAUCCCCAUCAACUGGAUUUCACUUCCUAAUCAAUCUUUACUUCUUGUAUUCAUACUCCUCUCGAUUAGAGAAUGGUAUGUUCCUCGGACGCACUGCAGAUUAUGUAUUUAUGUUUUUGUUCACUUGGCUAGCACUGGUGAUUGUCAGUUUCUUGGCUUCAUUUUACGUGCUUCUGGAGCCAAUGGUACUGACAGUGCUCUAUAUAUGGAGUCAAUUAAAUCGUGAUGUUAUUGUCCAAUUUUGGUUUGGUAUGCAGUUCAAGGCAAUGUACUUUCCGUGGGUCUUGGUAAUAUUUAACUUAAUAGUGCGUGGGAGUGCGAUGAUGGAACUGGUUGGAAUAAUCGUUGGACAUCUUUACUACUUUUUCGUUUUCCAGUAUCCCCAAGAGUAUGGUGGUCAAGCUAUAUUAAAGACUCCUGGAUUUUUAUAUAGACUAUUUCCAAACCAAAGAGGCAUUACAACUGGUUUUGGAGAAGCCCCACGCGCAAGACAACCAACUACAACUACGGGAAGGUUUCCUGGACACGGCCGGGUUUUGGGAAACGAUGAAUAAUACUCAUUUUUCUAAUUGACCAAUCUGUAUAUCAGAGUAAAUCGAAUAAAAAACGUAUUACUCUCC